AUGGAGGUGCGUAUAUGUAGAGAAGUCCCCAACCCACCACGUCGGUUUGCCAUGUACUUGCGCUGGGCGCGGGCGGGCCUGGGUGUCCACGGCGCGUUUGUGCGCAUGGCUCAUACGCGGGCCAGAGACAGUCAUGCGCGCCAUGUGGCGUCUAAUGCGCCGACGCUUUCGCGGUCGUUUCUCCGCAUCGUGGCCUGGCUGCCGGUGGCGCUUUUUGUGACGCAUCAUGUUGUCACGCUUGCCAACGUGCAUGGGACGAGCAUGUCGCCCACUUUCAAUCCCGUGUCGGACGAGCAGCGCGCACGGCCAGGUCCACCGCCCCCUACAGAUAUCGUGCUGCUCAACAAGCUUGUGUCCACGACGCGGCAGUACAAAAAGGGAGACAUUGUGACGCUCUAUUCGCCCCAAGAGCCUACGAAGCUCAUCACGAAGCGCAUUCUGGCGCUUGGAGGUGACACGGUGCAUUUUUGGGUGCCUAGCGGUGCGAACUUGACGCCGGCACCGCACUCUGCACCUCAAGACGAAGUCCACUCGCUGGCGUACACAGAGAUAUACCACGAAGCGCUGCGCCAACUCGCCACAGAAAUCCACGAGCACGAGUCUGGUGCAUGGAUGCGCAUUACGAUCCCACCUAACUGUGCAUGGGUCGAAGGUGAUGCCAGUGCAUUACAGUCGCGCUAUGAUCGUUUGCAUGCCGACAUGAAGAGCCGCGACAGUCGGUCCUUCGGCCCGGUGCCACUGGGCCUGAUUCAUGCACGAGUCGAAUUCAUUGUAUGGCCACUAUCACGCUUUGGCAAACCCCAGUCGCGGCCCUCUAAUCCACGCUAG